AGAUAAGUUUCAUACAGUAAUUGCAUCCAGUGCGGCCGAAACGGGAGUGGCAAUAGAGUUUGCCUCGAGAAGAAUGUGGUUCAUCAUGUUCAUCUGUAGAUUCCGCUACGAUACUAACUGGGGGCUGAUUUGAUUCGGAGACGCCCUUGCUCUCCGUAAAAGAGCCAUCUGCACGAAACAGUCCCGUGUGCGCCAUAAGGGCUAGAUAAUAAAAUGCGGAAUUCCACGUUGUAAUUCAGCAUUACUGUAUAGUCACUUAAUAAAAUGAAGGUCUCGGCUAUAGUGAACAAAAUUAUAAACUAAUUGUUGUGAUAGAAGCUUCUGAUGUUCUAUGUUGAAUGUUACAAGUGACAGUGCUUUCCGUGGGAACUCCUGCGGGCAGGAGGCAUUCGUCCAUCUGGGGGAAAUCGAAUCUUACACGAGCUGGGAAUAUCGUGAAAAGAUCUUGCACAUGAACACCGAUGUUCCAGCAAGUCAAAAACCGUUACGCAGCGUCGAAGGCUGUAGCCUCAGAUGUCGAACAGCUCUGUUCAAAUGAAAACCCAUCCCAGCUCUCUUUAGACCGAGAUCUCCAUCCCACUGAAAGAUGUGGCGCCACAGGUUCAAAUAGGAGCAGCGCGACAUCAUCUUCCGGAAUUUCAUCCACUGUCUCAGGAUUCUUCAGCAACUUACAAUUGUUCACUUGUCUUCCCGGUCAACGGACUGAAGCGAAAGCUGAACUUACUGGGACUCGAGAACCAGUUAUGCUCAAUGUAUAUGAUAUGCUGUGGAUCAACGAAUAUACCACUUCAAUCGGCUUGGGAGUCUUUCAUUCAGGAGUGGAAGUUUAUGGAAUGGGUACGUUCUGUAGUUCUCUGUGCGUUCUGAUUAAGUCGCUGAACGGUUAUUCGUGUCCUACAGAGUACUCAUUCGGUGGCCAUCCGUAUCCUUUCACGGGAAUCUUCGGAUGUCCCCCAAAAGAUGCUGCAUCGUUGGGCGAACAGUUUAAAUUCAAAGAAUCUAUUCUGAUGGGAUAUACGGAUUUAUCAGAAGAUGACGUCCACAACUUGAUUCAGUCAAUGGGAGCUGAGUACACGGGUAAUAAAUAUCAUCUAGUGAACAAGAAUUGUAAUCACUUCAGUGGAUCCUUGAUUCAGAUACUGGUUAACAAAGACAUUCCCACCUGGGUGAAUCGACUCGCCCACUUCAGUUCCUGUGUUCCAUUUCUUCAGAAAUGUUUACCGAAAGAAUGGUUGACCCCUUACGCCCUCCAGGAAUCUCUGCAACAUGACCUCCAAUCGGACCUGGAACGCGAAUGAUCCUAGAUUCAGUGGGAUAGCGUUUUUCUCCGCCAUUAUAAAAAGGACAUGAUUUGGUGUUAGUUUGUAUUCCUUCUCGGUUUAGCGUUUGGUCAUGACUGCAAGUUGGUUCCUCGAGUAGGAGGUAAGAAAGUGAUGAAUGUACCUGUUUUUUGCUGUCUUAUUCUGGUAUAUCAGAACCCUCUCAUAAUUCGCUUUCGGCUUCAAAUUGUUGUGUUUAUGAUUUCGGCCAUCACGAGCGUUGAUGUUGGCGAAGCUUUUUCGACUAAACUUGAUGUUCUCGAUUUGGUUGACGUUCUCACAUGCUGUGUGUUCGGGCGAAUUGAUUUUUCCUUGAUGCUACACCUUGAUUCGUUGUGAAAGUUGCACAAGAGUUGUACAUCUCCAUUAUAGCAUUCCUCUGUGAUACAACCACUACCGUGGUUUUGUUGAAGAAAUGAUUCAGUUUUUUUUUUUCGUUGAAGCUAUGGAUUUGAAGCUAUUAUGCAGUUCCGGAUCCUUGGUCGAGUCCGUAGCGUGAGCAGCUGAGCAGAGAAUACAGAUGCACGGGAAAUUUUUUUAAAUCCGUUCCAUUCCGCGUCGUUUCUUCUUUUUAUCGAAGCAAAUUCCAUUCUUUUUUACUGUCUAUGCUUCGCUCGCAAAGAAGUUUCAGGGAACUUAUCGGAAUGGUAUAUAAUGCGGAAGAAGAAAGCGCCAUUCUACAUAAUUGCUUGUUGAACUAAUGUAAUUAUGGAUUGAUUGUAGCAUUGCUCUGGUCAUGUCUUGUUCUUGCUCCUUUGAAUCUUGGAAUUGUGUCCUCUAGUCAUGCCGUGACUCGCUGUAAAAGAUAACAUCGCUUCUGUUGACAUUGAAUGAAGUUGGCGAAUUUCCACACGGCGCGCUUUGAUCCCACUGACGUUAUGAUUUCCGAAAAAAAUCUUCCUUGUGUUUGUUGUGGGCUAUUCUGUGCUAGGCAUCUUUUGAACCGGUGACGCGUUUUUCUUUCUCACGCGCUUUUUCGACUAGACCGCCUGAUACCGUAUUUACGCAAAUAUAAAAAUCUCCUCGAUUUUACUCACAUUUUCGCACGCAUUUUUAAAAUCCUGAAAGUCGAAAAUUUACAUUUGAAGUUUUGUCAUACGUGCUCCCAUGGACAAGUUUUCAUGACUAAUUUACUUGUUGAACACCCGAAGGAUAAGUUCAAAUCUCGAUCUAAGUAAGUCCAGGAAACGGAUGAUCGGAAGUGAAAAUGUGUGAAAUAUUCGACAGCUUUUUCUCUCUCGAAUUUCUUGUACUAUCUCUGAAUGGCAUAGAAGUCAGUCGUCCAUGAUGAUGGACGGCAAAUCGAAGAACUUUUUAUAUUUGCGUGAAUACGGCAUUUCCUUUUUUGAUUAUCGUAUAAUUAGAAAAUGAAGGAUUGUUAUCCAUUCUCACAUUGUACGUCGCUUAAUCUGGAAGAAAAAGAGGUCGAUUCGAAGUAGCUUUGUAUGCGGAAGUAUCGGGAAGAUUGAGAGCCCUUGGUAAUUGAAAUGAAGUUGUGCGAAUCAAACGUAA